AUGAUGGACGUCUCUUACAAAACAAUUACUUGGUGUGCAGCGUUGGCUGUCUUGGUUUUCUACAUCCCCCGCGUCAUUUCAGUUGCCCUUGGCUGGAAUUCUCCGAAUUUUCGUGGUAUCCCACGACCAAAGGGUCACCAAGCUUUCGUCGGCCAUGCUUUACGCCUUCUUCGUUGCACAGGUCCCAAUGAUCUGUAUCUGCAAUGGAUGCGACAGUGGCCUGACGCACCCUUUAUCAGGUCUCUCUCGUGGCUGAAUGAGGAAGUCCUGCUGGUGAAUAGUUUGGAAGCUUGCCGCGAUGUACUGCAGACCAAUAUAGAUUCUUUCGGCAAACCAGCCUUUUUCCACACGCUGGCAGGGGAGUUUCUAGGUGUUGGGCUGCUGUUUAGUGUCGGAGAUCAGCACAAGAGGCUGAGGAGGAUUAUCACAGGACCCUUGACAAGGCCAAAUAUAAAAAAACUGUUUCCAACAUUUGUGACCUACUCUCAUAAGCUAAAUCGAGAGUUGGGAAUGAAUUUGGAAGAAAUUAAUGGCGGAAUGUUCAACAUCGAAGACCUCAUAACUCGCGUCACACUCGAUAUCGCUGGCGUCUCGCUACUCGGCAGAGAACUAGGUGACUUCCGCUCACAAUCAUCACCACUAUCCUUCGAACAAUGCUACAACGCCAUCUUCAUUCAGCCGCUUGCUGGGCAAAUGAUAAGCUUCAUCAACCCGUUUAUCCCUCUGAGAUGGCUUCCCGUGUCUGCCAACCGGGACUUUAUUCGCGCCAAAUCUGCUCUGAAAACCAUGAUGGAAGGUCUAAUCGAGCAGCGCAGGGCUGAAGUCACGGCUGCGAAGCGACAAGAGGGUGGUGGUAGUCUUUCGGAUGACCUGUUGACCAGGAUGAUUGAGGCGAGCGCUGGAGAAAGCCAGAGGCUUUCAAAACAGGAGUUGAUCGAUCUCACAUUGCAGGUCAUCGCUGCUGGGCAUGAGACGACCGCGAGUACUCUAGUAUGGACAACAUAUGCACUUGCCAAGGACAUUGCAUCGCAGAACCGCUUGCGGGCAGAGAUCCAUUCACUGGGCACAGAGUUCUCCGCCAAAGAAAUUGACGAACUACCCUUUCUUGACAACGUGAUCCGCGAAGCUCUGCGUGUCUACUCGCCCUCGCUAAUGAUACCCUGGGAAGCGCAGAAGGGGAUGUCCAUCGCUGGAGUGUACAUUCCCAAAGGAACAACAGUGCAAAUAGUACCAGCCAUGAUCCAUCUCAACCCUAAAAUCUGGGGCAGCGACGCAGAUGUAUUCAGACCAGAUCGGUGGGAGAAUAUGGAUAGCAUCGCAUCCAGUCCCUAUGCCAUAGAGGCGUUCUCGAAUGGCCCACGGAUAUGCCCUGGCAAGGCGCUGGCCAUGUUGAAUAUGAAAGUAUUGCUAUCGGGAGUAAUUAAGGACUUUGAGAUGGACUUGUAUGACGAUGAGAAGGAUGUCGAGUUCAGGAACCCGAGUUUGACUUUGAAGGCGAAGAAACCUAUCCGUUUCAAGAUUAGAAGGGUCAGUUAA